CUAAACUUUGACCUUUUCAUGGAGUUCAAAGGUGGAGGUUCAUAAUGGCUGCGCCCAUGAAACAUUGUCAACACAGAUAUAAACUAUAUGUCGCCGAUUGUGUAGGGGUGAGAGUGUAUCAAAGGAUUUUCUGAUGAAAGAGGUGUAUCUGAGUAGAUGAUGAACAGAGUUUGAAAAGUUUCAAUUAAGAUGUCAUGGCCAUGGAUACACAGUCAUCAAAAUCUUCAAAAUGUCUAGUUGUUUUGAGUGGAAUUCCAGGAUGCGGUAAAAGUACUCUCGCUAAACUUUUAUAUGAUAAGCUUGGCAGUUUGAAUGUGGAGGAACAAUCUAGUCAUUUAAAGUCAUCAAAGUGUCUUAAUGUUAUAGUGGUGUCUUAUGAUGAAUUAAUUCCAGAGAAUAUACCUCUAGAUGAUAAGACUUGGAAAGAAUACAGGGAGGAAAUAGGUUUUUGUAUUGACCAUCUUUUAAACAAAGAAAUAUCCUUGGAAAAUUUAACCCAGCCGCCACCUGGUGUUAGUGAUGCAUUAUGGGAAAAGUUUUAUGCUAUUGUUAGAAGGCAGAUAACUUCAGCAGAAUCUGUUGUCAUUGUACUAGAUGACAACAUGUAUUACACAAGUAUGAGACACAAGUAUUUCCAAAUAGCUAGAAAGUAUACCUGUGGAUUUUGUCAGCUCUAUCUAGCUUGUAAUAUACAAACAGCUCUGGAAAGGAAUGUGAAACGUAGUCAGCCAAUAACAGAAGAUGUAAUUGUAGCUAUGGCAACUAAAAUAGAGCCACCUAAUAGACAAAUCAAUAGUUGGGAAACUAACAGUAUAGUUAUAAAUACUGAAUCAAACAUAGAAAGUCAUUUACCGAGGAUAAUGUCAUUGGUGAAUACAGCAAUGUUAAAUCCAAUUCAACCAUUAGAGGAAACUGAUCCAAUGAUAACAGCAGAGAGCCGUCAGAUCUGUUCAAGUAACGUCAUCCACCAAUCAGAUCAGAUCUUAAGAAAGAUUGUUAGUCAUAAAAUGUCAAAUUUAAAAGGCAUUGCAGAAGAAAAGUCAACAUUACAACAACUGUCAAAGAAAUACAUAGAUGUAAGAAAGACCUGCUUGGAUAAGAUAAAAAGUGGCCAAGUUUCAUUUCCUGUGGCUGUGGACGAGCCAAAUGUGUCAUGUGAUAUAAACAGUGAACUGUACCAACAGAUUCUUAGAUUGUUUGAACAGUUGUUGAAAGAAAUAACUUGAUAUGAAAUAAAACAUCAGCACAUUU